CAUAGUUUUGUGGUUGGUUUGUCAACCACGAGGAACUCAAAUGUAUAGGCUUUCCCAUGGGCUUUCCAGAGCCGAUUCACACAAAACUGUUGCAGGCGUUCGCGGGUGUGUUGCUAGAAUGUUAAACCGUAAAACACAGACUGUAUGAGAAAGGGAUAAACCAUAAAACAUCCAAAUAACACAAGGCAUUCCGCGGUGCAGCGAACUUGGACGUUACUUGAGAACUGGAGUCUGAAAUGUCAGGAUUUACUGAAUCGACACCGCUGCCCAUGCCAGUGAAGGAGAUAAAAGAAGAAGAGUUUGAUGAUUUCCUUCAAGAGUACAUGUUUGCAGACCAGGAAGUAAAAGGAAACCUCGGACUGGAUUAUGACUGCAAGACUGAAACACACACAUCACCGACCUUCAACUGCAAAGAAGAACAGUCUCCAGUGAUGGAAAUUAAACAGGAGGAAGAAUCUGAUUUAAAAGAAGAUUGCCAGAAAGACUCUUUCUGUAAAGGUGAGAUGAGACAUACUGGGGAAAAGGUACAUUAUUUUACCAGGAGGGGAAAGGCCUCCUCGAAGACGAUUCAACACAAGUCUCACAUGACGAUCCACACAGGAGAAAAGACGUAUCAGUGCUCUGUCUGUGGAAAGACCUUAAGACGAAAAGAUAAUCUCAAGGCACACCAGAGGAUCCACACAGGAGAAAAGACACAUCAGUGCACUACAUGUGGGAUGAGUUUCAGGACUAGGUCAAAGGUCACCGUCCAUCAGCGCACUCAUACAGGAGAAAAGCCACAUCAGUGCUCGGACUGUGGAAAGGCCUUUACUCAAAGGUCUUAUCUAACGCGACACCAGAUGGUUCACACAGGAGAAAAGCCGUAUCAGUGCUCUGACUGUGGCAAGUCCUUUAGUCAAAAAGCAUGUCUACAGGCACACCAGAGGAUCCACACAGGAGAAAAGCCGUUUCAGUGCACUACAUGUGGGAUGAGUUUCAGGACUAGGACAAAGGUCACCAUCCAUCAGCGCAUUCAUACAGGAGAAAAGCCACAUCAGUGCUCUGACUGUGGUAAGUCCUUUAAUCAUAACGCUGGUCUGCAGGAACACCAGAGGAUCCACACAGGAGAAAAGCCGUUUCAGUGCUCUGCAUGUGGAAUGAGUUUCAGGACUAGGCAAUUGGUGACUAAGCAUCAGCGCAUGCAUACAGGAGAAAAGCCGUACCAGUGCUCUGACUAUGGAAAGGCCUUUAGUCAAAUGUUUAGUCUAAAGGAACACCAGAAUACCCACACAGGAGAAAGCCGUAUCAAUGCCCUGACUGUGGAAAGGCCUUUAUUUAUAGGUCCGAUCUAAAGGCACACCAGAGGAUCCAUUCAGGAGAAAAGCCGUAUCAGUGCUCUGACUGUGGAAAGGCCUUUAGGAAUAGGUCCCAUCUAAAGGCACACCAGAGGAUCCACACAGGAGAAAAGCCGUAUCAGUGUUCUAC